GGCGGCGCCCGGAGCCAGGUGCGGUUUGGCCCUCCCGGGGCGCCGUAGGCGGGACCGUCGCGCCCUCCGCGCGCUCAGUUGUCGCCUGAGGUAACGGCCGAGAGAGUUCCAGGACGCCGACGGCCAGCCCGCGGCGGGGAGCCAUGGACGGGGUGUCCGGGGAAGACACCUGGAAAUGUCGAGGAUGUGGCGACUACGUCCCCCCGGCCCAGAGACUGUAUAGGACAGUGAAUGAAGUCUGGCACACUUCGUGUUUUCGGUGUUCAGAGUGUCAGGAUCCUCUUCCCAACUGGUACUACGAAAAGGAUGGCAAGCUUUAUUGCCACAAGGAUUACUGGGGGAAGUUGGGCGAAUUCUGCCAUGGCUGCUCACUGCUCACAACUGGGCCUGUCAUGGUAGCUGGAGAAUACAAGUAUCACCCAGAAUGCUUUGCCUGCAUGAGCUGCAAGGUGAUCAUUGAAGAUGGAGAUGCCUAUGCCCUGGUUCAGCAUUCCACUCUCUAUUGUGGCAAAUGCUACAAUGAGGAGGUGCUUACGCCCAUGUUUGAGAGGCUGUCCACGGAGUCUGCCCAUGACCAGCUGCCUUAUUCAGUCACACUCAUCUCCAUGCCAGCCACCACCGACGGCAAGAGAGGUUUCUCUGUGUCCGUGGAAAGUGGCUGCUCUGACUAUGCCACCACCGUACAGGUGAAUGAGGUCAGCCGAAUGCACAUCAGCCCCGACAUCCGAAAUGCCAUCCACCCUGGGGAUCGGAUUCUGGAAGUCAACGGGACCCCUGUCCGAACCCUGCGGGUAGAGGAGGUGGAGGACAUGAUCAGCAAGCCAAGCCAGACCCUUCAGCUGUUGAUUGAGCACGACCCUGUCUCCCAGCGCCUGGAUCACCUGCGGUUAGACUCCAGGCUUUCUCCCCACAUGAAGCCUGUCGGGGUCCCUCACACCAGGAGCAGCACUCUGGACGUUAAGGAGAACCUGGAUGGGACACUGCGAAGGCGAUCUCUCAGGCGAAGUAACAGUAUUUCCAAGUCCCCGGGCCCCUGCUCCCCCAAGGAGCCUCUGCUGCUCAGCCGAGACAUCAGCCGCUCAGAAUCCCUGCGCUGCUCAAGCAGCUACUCUCAGCAGAUCUUCCGGCCCUGUGACCUGACCCAUGGAGAGGUCCUGGGAAAGGGCUUCUUUGGACAGGCCAUCAAGGUGACACACAAGGCUACUGGCAAAGUCAUGGUCAUGAAGGAGUUAAUCCGGUGUGAUGAGGAGACACAGAAGACUUUCCUAACGGAGGUGAAAGUCAUGAGGAGCCUGGACCAUCCCAAUGUGCUCAAGUUUAUCGGGGUCCUCUACAAGGACAGGAAGCUGAACCUGCUGACAGAAUACAUUGAGGGGGGUACCCUGAAGGACUUCCUGCGCAGCGUGGAUCCAUUUCCCUGGCAGCAGAAGGUCAGCUUCGCCAAAGGAAUCGCCUCUGGGAUGGCCUAUCUGCACUCCAUGUGCAUCAUUCACCGAGAUCUGAACUCCCACAACUGUCUCAUCAAGCUGGACAAGACCGUCGUGGUGGCCGAUUUUGGCCUCUCGAGGCUCAUCGUGGAGGAGAGGAAGAAGCCCUCCUCAGAGAAGGCUUCCACCAAGAAGCGCACCCUGCGCAAGAGUGACCGCAAAAAGCGCUACACGGUGGUGGGGAACCCCUACUGGAUGGCCCCCGAGAUGCUCAACGGAAAGAGCUAUGAUGAGACUGUGGAUGUCUUCUCCUUUGGAAUAGUUCUUUGUGAGAUCAUCGGGCAGGUGUAUGCUGACCCUGACUGUCUCCCCCGCACACUGGACUUUGGCCUCAACGUGAAGCUUUUCUGGGAGAAGUUUGUGCCCACAGACUGUCCCCCAGCUUUCUUUCCCCUUGCUUCCAUCUGCUGCAAACUGGAGCCUGAAAGCAGACCCCCAUUCUCAAAACUGGAAGAUUCCUUUGAAGCACUUUCCCUCUAUCUGGGAGAGCUGGGGAUCCCCCUGCCCUCGGAACUGGAGGAGCUGGACCACGAUGUGAGUGUGCAGUACGGGCUGAGCCGAGACUCCCUUUCCUAAGCUUCCCCAGGCCACUGGCUGUGUGGCGAGAGAACCACGGCACCCCAGCCACCCACAGGGCAUUCCAAGGCACUGGCCAAGCUGAGGUUUCCUGUGGAUCUGUGGCUCCCUUUGAGAGAAGGGAAGAAGCCAUUGUCUGCUCCCUCCUCAGGAGGAAAACGUGCCCAACACUACUGCUCAGGAGAUAGAUCUCUGGGGCAUGCAGGGUGCCCCCUCACCAUCUCCAAACUCAACCCUCAACUGCAAGCUGUGAAGAAGUGCCCCUGCUCCUGGCACCCAGAAGCCUGCUGUCUCCUCGUGGGGCCCCCUCAUGUGCCUUGAUCGGGUCUCUGCCGUGUUGGACGUGUGGGAGCAAGCGUGGCCAGCUGUGGCACCGCUCCAUCCGCCCCUGCUCUCCAGGGAACUUCCCAGACUGUAGGAAGGGCUCAUCUCUAUGACUUUACUGCCUUGUGUGCAAGUCUGGUUGCAGAACCAGAGUCUCCAAAGCCUUCAUUGUCCCGGGGAGGGCAGGGCGGCCUCUCGGGCAUUGGAGAGAAGACCAGGCCUUGCCCUGCGAACUUCACUCGUGGUUGCUGCCCCCUCCCCCGAGGCAGGCCUGCAGGAGGGAACUUAGAAAAUCCUUUAUGGUGGUAGCAAGGGUUAGUGCCAGCUGCUAGCAGAUAAUGGCCUCUUGCCAGGGUGGACAUUCCUGUUACUGGGCAUGAUGGAUGCUGUUGCCACACUCUUCAGGGUUGGUGAGGGGGUGCACCUAGAAUUUUCUCUGCUGAGAGAAGGCGAAUUCCCCACCUAAACUUAGCGAGGGAAAUGAGCCCCCUAAGCAUGGCCUACUUGCUCUCUCAAACUCACAGUGCCCUGUCCCCGGCCAGCCUGGAGGGCACGCGCCCUAGCUCACAAUGGUGACUGCUGCCCAAGGCUGGUUUUCCCAGAAAUGAAUCGGAAGGAGCAGCCGAGCACCUCCCCCGCAGACACCAUAUCCAACAGUCAGGGAAGCGGUGCUGGGGUACUGAGAGGUGGGGGAAGGGAUGCGCUUAAUAUUCUUGGGUCAGCUCUGUUGACAGAAAUAUGUGAAAUAGUGAUUCUCGGCCUGAUCAGUUGUGGAACUGGUUCUCAUCUCUUGACUAAAGUUUACUUUUCUAAUGAGCUGUGUAAUUGGCUGCAGGCCUCCGGGGACUCCUUGGUGGCAGGAUGUGGUGGGCCGGGGGUGGCGUGGGGACCAGGAAAGUCAGUCAGGUAAGAGAGGAAACGGGCCUGAACUGUCUCCUUCCCCCGAGAGGGCAAGAACCAGUGUGAAAAAAGGAGGGCCAAGCCAGGCACUUGGGUCGACUUCAAUAAAUGAAGUAAUAAAUGUAGCUGAUGGAACCAAUAUUAAAAUUAUUUGGGCUGUGGAUCAGAAA